UUUUGCUCAAGGCUGGCUGUCAGAGACCGUCCUGCCCGAAAAGUCAGUUUGCAGAUCUCGCCUGGGCAAAUAGUGAGCAUUGCGCCAGCCAGAAGUGGCGAUGGCAGCGAGGCUCUCUGCACCGGGCGUGGUCUCGACAAGCUUCGAGGGUCUCCUGCAGGAGCUGGACGAGCUGAGGGCCCGCCUGCUUGAUCAGCACAGGCGCGAGCUUGGCGCCAGCAUGCCCUCUGAAGCUGACGCUCCCGAGGUGUGGGAUCGGACUCUCCAGGGCCCCGCGGCCACUUCGAGAUUCUCGACCGCUGACUCGCGCGCAGACGUGCGCACUGCCUCUUCGGUGCUGUCGGGGCCAGAGACGCCAGCCCCGCGCGCAGGCGUCGGCUCUCCCUCGACGGCUCGAAGACCAGCUGGACCAUCCGAGGUGGACGCCGUGGUGGUGCACGAGCGCUUCCGGCUUCUGGAAACCUGGCAGGACAGGGUGCGGGACGCGCGGCUCAUGGGCACCUGGAGGAGGACGGAGCUCGACCUCCUUCCGGGCCGAGUCACGACAGGCACGAUCAGGUCGACCGGCAUCGGCAUGCGGCAGGACAAGGGGCUGAUGUCCAGGGUGGUGCUGCACCCACAGAACCCACUGGUCGUCGUCUGGAAUUUCCUCAGCGUCGGCCUCAUCGCUUAUGAGUCCGUGACCGUCCCCCUGUACACGUGCUACACGUUCCAGGAGUUCCCAAAGGUCAUCGAGAUCUUCGAUUGGGUCUCCAGGAUUUUCUUCACUAUCGAUAUUCCCCUGUCGUCGGCGACGGGCUUCCACGACAAGGGCUACGUAGGGCUGAGGCCAGGCAGAGUACUUCAGGCGUAUCUCACGUCGUGGUUCUUUCUCGACCUGUUAAUUGUCUCGCUGGACUGGAUCGUGCUCGUGCUGGAAGACCAGAAGGCCCUCUCGGCGGUGCCAGUCCUGCGAGGUCUGCGGCUCGUGCGCGUGCUCCGCCUGAUCAGGCUUGGUCGGCUCAGUCACGUGAUCAACGAGUCGUUGCUGUACGCGUCCGACGGGGUCACGAUCCUCGUCAGGAUCUCGAAGCUGACCCUUACGCUCUGCAUCACCAUCCACCUGACAGCAAGCAUCUGGUAUGCCAUCGGCACAGAGUCCAGCUCUGGCUGGCUCUCUCAGGAGCCUCUCCUGGAUUCGGCCGCGCUCUCGGCACAAUACCUCGUUUCUGUCAAUUGGGUCGUCACCCAGUUGCAUGGCACGAGCCUCGUGCGUCCGCAGACCCUCCUGGAAAUGUUUUUUCAGACACUGGUGCUCCUGGGUGCAAAUGCCUUCGUCGCGGUUUUCUUUGCCAGCACGAUGCAGGCUAUGAUGGCUCUCACAGACGCCCACAACUUGAAGAUGCAGUCCCUCUGCAGGGGCUACCUGCGUCGCCGGCGCAUCUCCCCCAGCCUCUCGCACAAGCUGCAGCUGCACUUCGGACCGGCGCGCAGCAUCAAGACCACCCUGCGGGACAGCCAAGAGGUCGAGAACAAGCUGGUCGAGGAACUCCCGCCCGUCCUGCGGCGGCGCCUCUACGAGGAGGUGCGCCUGCCCCUCUUGAGCAGCACGCGGCUGUGCCGGACGAGCGGUCUCUCGGACUACCGGCUGCUGGCGCAGCUCUGCUGCGAUGCCGUCUCUGGGGUGUGCGCGGAGCCGGGCGAGCUGAUCUUCACCAACGGUGACGCUUGCACGCGGAUGCUUGUUGUCGAGUCGGGCACCAGCCUGUACGUCUUCGAGGCCUCGGCAGCAAUUGAGCAAAGUCUCGCAGGCCCAAGCUUCGUGAAGGCCCCCAGCAGUUCCGCGGAGGCUUCCGGCUGCCCUCGCGGCUCGGAGUGCCAGCGGCAGGACUCCGAGCUCCAGAGGGGCCGUUGCCUCUGCGAGGCGUCCCUCUGGACACGGUGGGCGAACCGUGGCGAGCUGACCGCGGAGAGCUACUGCACGAUGCUGGCCGUGAAUCAGACGGACUUCGCCUCUACUUUGACCAAGUACGAGCUUCUCUGCGCGUCCGCCGUCAGGUACGCGUACUGCUACAUCGUCUGGCUCAACGAGAAGAGCGCCGAGGAGAAUGUGUCGGACUUGACGGACGCCCCGGUCAAUCUGAGCGAGUACACGCCCUCGAUGGUCGAUGCCUCCAUCCCAUUCGUGUUCAUCUCGCACUUCAAGGAGGAGGCGGGUUCGGAUGCCGCGCUCAUGGAGGAGGGGAUCUCUCGCAUCAUCAAGGAAGAUCCAUGCCACCCGGCGUACCGUCUCGAAGCGCCAACAUUCCUCGACUCCAACAACCUUGGCGACCUCAGGCUCAUUCGCAGCAUUGUCAGGAGCAGCCAUAAUCUCCUCCUGCUUCUCACGGACCGGGUGCUCGAGAGACCCUGGGUUCUUAUCGAGAUCGUGACUGCCAUGAAGUCAGGCGUGCCCAUCCAGUUGGUGCAGAUUCAGCGCCCCGGCGUGCGCUUCGAGUUCCCCACGGAGGAGGACAUCAAUCGCCUCGCGGCCCGCGAGGGCCUCAGCCAAGAUGCCAAAGCCCUUCUGACGGCCCAGAAGAUCACCUCCAAGGACUUGAGGGCCAUCGGCCAGAUCUUCGGCAACGUAGCCCUGCCGUUCUCCCCGCACCGCUCGCCCACCGUCAGGCGCGCCGAGCUCCUGGACAUCCUCGCACGCUGCAGGUUCGACGACAACCCCAGGGUCGCCCCCAGGACAAGGCAGGACUUGCUGCGCUACUCGGCAACCCAAGAUAGCAUCAGUCUCCCUGCCGCGGAGGCGCAGAACGAGGAGCUGAGAGUGUGAGAGUGCAGGACGGGCGGGGCCCAAUGCAGGAGGUGGUCGGACCACGCAGAGGAGGAGGAGGAGGAGGACCAGGAGGAGGAGGAGGAGGCUGCGGCUCGCUGGAGCUUGGCUCCCUGAGAGCCGACCCUGCGUGCCGCGGCCGCGGCUAGCUGGCCUGAGUGUGGGGGGGGGGGCACCGCGUGCGGUCGUCUCCGCCUGGCCACAUCCAUUUUCCAUGGUCGAUUUCUGCGUGUCAUCCUUGCGCGUGUUGUGAUCGGUGUCGAUUCCCAGAGGGCAAGGAGCGCUGCGCAGCAGCAUGAAGAUUGCGUAGUUGUUAGCGACGAAGUCAAAUGAUACGGGAUCGCCCUUGCAUGGAAGGUCGCUGUCCAGCCGCCUUGCUGCUCUUUCUAACGAGCUUGCCGCCUGCUUCUGCUGUGACGGAGAGCCGCUAUGAGAGCUCUGCUCCGAUGGGCCGAUCGUUCGUUCUUAGUCAGCAGCACUGCGAAGAGGAACCAUAGCACAUUGCUUUUGCAGGGUGAGCAAAGCUUGCAUUCCCGCGCUGGGCUCGCCAUGUUUUUUCCCGGGCUUGGGCCCAGGGCACGCGGAAUGGCGUCAACCUUCUGAGCAAUACACUCGAGGAGUCCAGCACCCGCAUCUCAGGACGCAUUUGGGUUCAGGUGGUGCUUUCCUGGAUGAUCUCCUCCCCGCUACACUUUACAGCCAGGCAGGCGUAUGCUCUGUGCCCAUUAGGACUGGCAUCCUCACCAGUGCCUCCUCUGCCUUUCCUGAUCCGCUGCGCCGUCCCGACCUGAUUCGUUGGCCUCUUCACGUCUGUUGUCUCUCGAUGCACCGAGCACGCUGGCUCAGGUUCGACCAGCGUCAAAAACAGGGGCGACACAGAC